AAACCAUGGGCGGGACUUCCGGUCCAUUUCUUAUUCCGGAACACUAGCUGCGCACCUUGAACAACAUAAUGUGGAUAUUAUGACUUAAACGAGUGCAGUUCUCAAUGGUGCUUAUAGAAUACCUUUUGAAACUUGCAGACGUGUUGACCUUUUUUUAGACGUGGAUUAUGAGAGCGGGCCGCUGCCGGGUGGAGUUCAGGACUGGCGUGAACUGGUGAGCAAACCCCGCCUAGGCAUCUAUAUGGGCCAUCUUCUUUCGAAAAAUGGUAAUCGUGUGAAGAAGAGAAAACGAAAGCUGAGGAAGAACUGCUUCUUACAUGGGCCCUGCAUGUUAUGUUUUAUUGUCCACAACACCAGCAGCAUAGACGAGGACUGUCUUGAGAGUGCUUCAAAACUUGCAGAGCGUUACGCUACCCUCAGCUCUCCGGAAGAUUGUGCAAAGUUUCUCUUGUCUCCGAAGGAGCUAGCUAUCUGGGAGGAACAAGGCAAAAGCUUGCUCUCAAGUGUUCCUGCCAAGUUAAUUGGACCACAGCUUUUCCGGACUGUCUCGAGUGAAUACUCCGAGAUGGUCUGCAAACGCAAGUGCACAGGUGUGCAGAAAUGCACUCCUUGUAAACAGCCGCGUUGCACUUUCCAGGAGGUGACAGAGGGCAGUAUUGCUGGUGAUCCGGAGCCACAGUGCCGCAUUCAUCUAUGUCCUUUACCUUCUUCAUCCUCUGAAUGUUCCAGUAUUGGGCUGCAGGUAGAUUUGGGUGAGGGCCCUGAAUCUGCCCAGAGUCAGAGCUCUUCUUUGAUUAGUGAAAUUGUCUCUCAGGAGAACAGGCGAGAACUUAAAGUAUGUGAAACUGACCCUCCAAAUAUAAAUCAGCUUCCUUCUUCCAUUCUGUUAAAGAUAUUUUCUCAUCUUUCUGUGAAAGAACGUUGCCUUUCUGCAUCAUUAGUCUGCAAAUACUGGUGUGAUCUGUGUUUAGAUUUUCAGUUUUGGAAGCAGAUUGACCUUAGUGGUCGCCAACAGGUCAAUGAUGAUCUCCUUAUAAAAAUUGCAUCCCGAAGACAAAAUGUUACUGAAAUAAAUAUUUCUGAUUGUCGCAAUAUUUUGGACAACGGCCUCUGCACAUUAGCCUCACAGUGCCCAAGGCUUCUCAAAUACACUGGCUAUCGAUGCAAACAACUAAGUGACCUCUCCCUUACUGCAAUUUCUGAGCACUGUCCUCACCUACAGAAGGUGCAUGUGGGAAACCAGGACAAACUUACAGAUGACGCUCUUAAACAGUUGGGACAACACUGUUCAGAGCUGAAAGAUGUUCAUUUUGGUCAGUGCUACAGAAUAACUGAUGAAGGCAUGGUGGCAUUAGCCAAAGGCUGUUCCAAACUUCAGAGAAUUUAUAUGCAGGAAAACAAACUGGUGACAGAUAAAUCAGUGAAAGCAUUUGCAGAACACUGUCCGGAGCUUCAAUUUGUUGGGUUUAUGGGCUGCUCGGUUUCAUCCCAAGGGGUCAUCCACCUCACCAAACUGAAGAACCUGUGCAACUUGGACUUGCGACACAUCUCAGAGCUUAAUAAUGAAACAGUGAUGGAAAUCGUGAAGAAGUGCAAGAGUCUGACCUCCCUUAACCUUUGCUUGAACUGGAGCAUCAAUGACAGAUGUGUGGAAUUUAUAGCAAAAGAAGGCCGGAGUCUAAAAGAACUUUAUUUAGUGUCUUGUAAGAUUACAGACUAUGCUUUAAUAGCCAUUGGCCAGUACAGCUCAACCAUAGAAACUGUGGAUGCAGGAUGGUGUAAAGAGAUCACGGAUCAGGGAGCCACUCAGAUAGCUAAAAGCAGCAAGUCCCUCAGGUACCUGGGGCUGAUGAGGUGUGAUAAGGUUAAUGAGGAAACGGUGGAGCAGCUAGUCCAGCAGUAUCCCCAUAUUACGUUCAGCACCGUAAUGCAGGACUGCAAGAGGACCCUGGAGCGAGCAUAUCAGAUGGGCUGGAUACCGAACACAUCAACGUCCUCAUAGCCUGACAUAAAUGAAAAUGUCAGAUUUGUUAUAUCGCUUUUGGAUAGAGUCAGUUGUUUUCUUUCUGAUGUGCUAAUGUUAGACUUUUUCCCCUUUCCUGUCAUUAUACUUUUUAAAUUCUAUAGAAGCCAUAAUAAGUUAUGAGUUUGAAGGAACGUAAUAUAACUACAAAUAUAAGAUUUAAAAAAAAACAAUUAGGGCAGCAGAAAUCUGAGUGUGAAAAAGCUUGUGCUUAUUCAGUGCUGUCAGGCUGACACAUGUUCUCUAUAUUCACUGACAUGUUUUCAUUGGUGCAUAAAAUAAAUACCUUAACAUUGUUCAGAAGCUUAUUUUGAUUAUGUUUGGAAUGUAUUUUAUUUUCUUUACAAAGAAUCAUUAUUGUUAAAUCUUUUGUAACUUUUAUUCUCAUACAUCUGAAUUCAGUGGGUAGCCUGUGCUAUGAAUUGGCAACUAUAGCAGUUUACAAGAUCGCUGACAGUAAUGCCAUGCAACGGGCUCAUUCUGAUUAUAGAACUUUUGCAUAUGCUCACAUUUGUCUUAUCAUAUGUAGCAUUUGCAACUUGAGCAGUUUUUAUUAUCUAGUUAUAAAAAUAAAACCCUGGUUUGUUCAAAACUGGAGACAUGCAGACAUUAUUAUUUUUUAAUAAUGUAUUAAUUGUUUUUCUUCAGUCUGUUAUUUAGUGAUCAUAAACACUAUACCCAUGGGCAAGAUAUGUGGAAGAGCAAUUUUUGGGGAGACAAAAAUGCAACCAAAAUUGUGUUUUUGAUUGUAGUAAAGUAUUUUAUGUAAAGCUUAUUAUUAUCUGUAAAAUGACAGAUUAUUUGCAUUUGCAUACUGGUCAGUAGAAUUGCUUCUCAGUUAUCCGGUUCUCAGUUUUAUAUAUUUCUCUGCACCUACAAAUUUGAAAGAAAAUCCAGAUUUGAAAUUUACUCACAGCCAUCGAGCAUCUUGUCAUUCUGCUUCGGAUGUAUUGACAAUGUAGAACUGCCAUGGAGGAUAGAUGUUUGUGUCAUUAUGAAGUAAUUUCACCAUUGUUAUUUUUUAAACUUCUUAGAUGUGAUUUUUAAUGUCAAAGCAGAACUCUCCAAUGACAUGGUAUCAACAUUUUUCUCGGUAAAAACUUUUUUAACUUGUAUACCUAAUUAAGACUACUUUCUGCAAAUAAAAGUCCCUUUAAUAUGUUGCAAAGUACAAUAUCUUAUACUUCAGACUGAUUUGUUAAAGAUUUUCCUGGAAAUUUGCAAGCCCAUUCAAAUGUAAUGUUUUUCACCAAGGGCUAUAAGUAAAUUCUAACAACCCAGUAAAGUCACUGUGUAUAUCAUUACACUUUUGUAUCAGAAAAUAAUGUGUUUCCACUAUACUUGAAUUACGUAUUGACUUGUGGAACUGAUGUUAGCUGUAUUGGGUAAAACUUUCUAUAUCAAAAAAAAAAGAACUUCAUGAACUGACUACACUUCUCGUGUCUUUCUUUUUUGUCAAAUAAAAGCUUGCUAGUGAAUUGAUGACCA